UCCAGGCAGGGUCAAAUGCAGGCAGGGAGGGAGGCUGCUUUGGGGCAGAGUAGAGGGCCUGGGUGAGAGGGAAUAGAGGCUCCGAAAGGGGGCAAGCGGCAGAUCCAGAAGCAGGGCUAAGAGCUCAGUUGUUCUUUCUGAGAACAUGAAGAAGGUUUUCAGCAGCUGGUGACAAGGCACCGAGAAGAGCUCGGAAAAGAGCAGAAGGCACUGCCAGCUCCAAUGUCUUCUCUAUGUUCGAUCAGUCUCAGAUCCAGGAGUUUAAAGAGGCUUUCACCAUCAUGGACCAGAACCGCGAUGGCUUCAUUGACAAGGAGGACUUGAGGGACACCUUUGCCGCACUGGGCCGAAUCAAUGUCAAGAAUGAGGAACUGGAGGCCAUGGUGAAGGAGGCCCCCGGGCCCAUCAACUUCACGGUGUUCCUGACCAUGUUUGGGGAGAAGCUGAAGGGCACGGACCCAGAGGAGACCAUUCUUCAUGCCUUCAAAGUGUUCGACACUGAAGGGAAAGGCUUUGUCAAGGCCGAUGUCAUCAAAGAAAAACUUAUGACCCAGGCAGACCGCUUCAGUGAGGAAGAGGUCAAGCAGAUGUUUGCAGCGUUUCCCCCAGAUGUGUGUGGUAACCUGGAUUACAGAAACCUGUGCCACAUCAUCACUCACGGGGAAGAGAAGGACUAGGGGAUCGCAGGCCUCCCCGACAUUCCGGGCAGCAAACACUGUCGGAGAGGGGUGACGGGGAGCUCUUGCAGCCAGGGGGUGCAGGGAAAAGGCUUCCCUUGUCCUGUGAUUGGGGACAAAGCAAGAAUAAAUAAUGCUAACGA